CAUGGCAACACUUACUGUUUCGUUGAACGAUGCGGUUAGGAGACGCUUUCUCAAGAAUUAUUAAUUUUGUUUGAUAAUUACGCGCCUAUUUUGGUGAUAACGAUUUCAGUGUUGUAAGAAUUGUGUUAGUGGAUUGUUUACAGUGAAAACCGUGAAAUGAGUCAAAUGGUGACACGACAGCGGACGGGUGGGGAUGAAAAAGAAAAGCGAUCAACAGACAGCCCUGUGAAAGAUAUGAAAAAGAAAAUGGCGGCCAACGCUGAAAAGGAAAAGAACGCCGCCGAUCAAGCCACAAGCAAACCUGCAGACAAACCCACAGAUAAAUCAGAAAAAUCUGCAGAUAAACCGACAGAAAAACCUGCUGAGAAAGCAGCGGAUAAACCUAAAGCCGCCGAAAAACAGGCUGAUAAGAAAGAUAAAGCUUCUGAGAAGGAGAAAGCUGUAGAGAAGAAGGAUAAACCUGCUGAGAAGAAAGAGGGACCGAGUGAGAAGAAGAAGGAGGAGAAUGGGAAGGCGAAUGGGGAGAGCAGUGGAAAGACAGAGAAAGCAGCAGCAAACGGCCGCCCCAAACAGAACGGCGGCACCACAAACGGCACGGUGAGUCCCGACUCGGACUCCAUAUCCGAUGCGGACGAGACGGAGCAGUUCCCAGAACUGGCGUAUGAUGAUUCUGAUGUGGAGUGGGAGCCUGGCAUGGACUGUCCUAGCAGGAGUUUAACUAGGCGAGAGCAGGUGAAGGCGACGCGCACUCCCGAGACGCCGCGCCCGGCCUCCGACAAGCAGGACACUGAUGAAUCAAAGGAAAAAGUUCUGAAACUCACCGAAUCAGGCAAAGAGACUCCUAAAGAAAAGAAAUCAGAUGCCAAAACGGAUGCUAAAUCGGACGGAAAAUCGAAAGCGGAUGCUAAAAAAGCAGAAACGCCAAAGAAGGAUGAAAGUAAGGCGGAUGCUAAGAAGGAUGUGACUAAAGCGGAUGCUAAAAAAGCAGAGACGCCAAAGAAGGAUGAAAAGGCGGAUGCUAAGAAGGAUGCGACUAAAGCGGAUGCCAAGAAGGAUGUGAAGGAAUCUCCUAAGAAGGGGAAGGAGGAUAAAUCGGAAAAGGUGGAAGUUGAAGUGGUUGUGGAGAUUGAGAAUAAUGGAGAUGCGGCAGAAGAAUCCCGCAAACCAGACACAAACUUCUCCAAAUCACGCGUCAAGGUGUCGCCAUAUCGCCGCAGUAUGCGCAUCGCAGACCAGACCACUAGUUCCACCACUGCCAACUAUACUGGCAACAACACAACAAUGGAAAUGGAUAUAACAGAGACCUCUUCCUUCAUGGACGAGACCAUGGACGACAGCUAUCUGAGCGGCCUCCGCGCCAUCAAGGGCCGCCGCUCCUACAAACUGCUUAAGGAUAUGCCACCGAGAAGUGCCAACAGGAGUGUGCGCUCUGUCACUAGCAUUACCACAGUAUCGGAAACAUCAACCCGCCCCACCGCCCCCGUGGUGGGCCGCAAGCGCAAGCCGGAGCCCGACGACAAUAUCUCCGUGGCCAGCGAGGCGCGCGAGGACGACAGCCCGCUGGGGAAACGUCAGAGGCUCUUGGAGAGGCUCGCGCGCCCCUUCAGGAGGACCGUGCUCAUGCCUGCGAGGAGGAAUGCUGACAUCGUGGGCAUCAACACAGACCUGCCACUAACAGCUCCCGUGGCGUCCACGUCCAGCUUCGACCCCGAGGCGCUCAAGCCUGCGCCUGCGCCCACAGACAUACAAGCCGCGCCCGCGGCAGCGCCCGCUGCUGAGGACUCCAAACGGUGCGUCAUCAUGUAAACUGCUACUAUCUAUUACAAUUUACACAAUUGUCUAAACAGUGUCUUAUACAAACAUGAUUUUAAUUUGAGUCGUUCUUUCUCGGAAAAACGGUAAAAACGACCCAAAGAUGUUCCGUAAAAACUCCCAGAAUCAAUGAAAAACCCUUUCUGUGUGGGUUUACAUUGUCUGUUUUUAAAAAUAUUUGUGUUAGACAUUUGUGAAAUGAUUUAUUUACGAAUCUGAGAACUAUUGAACUAAAACUAGACUAAUAACGGUGGCGCGUAUUUAUUCAGUUGCAAGAAAUCAAGAAUACACUUCAAACGAAUAAGUUAUAGCUUUUAUAAUCGUAUACCGGCUGAAACAAACUCUAUUGAAAAAAAAUCAAAGACCUAUAGCAAGUUCUUAAAAAAAUACAAUUUUUUAAAAGAUUGCCAAGACACACAACACCUCAAAACUUGCUGGCAUCCACAGACUACAAGGACUGCAUAAAAAGUACCCAACAAUAGAAACUUAUCUAAAAAAUUUGUAUCAAAAAAUUAUUAACUUAUGAUUAUGAAUUUUCUAAGUUUUUAUUUCAUUAGUUCUCUGAUCCAUUUAAACAGCGCUGCUCUGGGUUCUAUGUAGAUCAUUAGAAUGAUACAAUUUAUAUUUAAUCAUAAUCAAUAUAACUUCGAAUAAUCACUAUGUUUCAUUAUUACCUACUUAUAAUAGAAUUAUGUUUUGUACUGUCCCAUUAUAAUUGAUUUCUAUAUGUAAUUAUAAUCAUUGUUAUAUACAGUCAAGGUAAUAUAGAUGUAGGCAAAAUGUCAAGAAUAUGGAUACACAACUUUAUCCAUAAUUAUAAAUGGGAAAGUGUGUGUGUCUUGUUUGUUUGUCCGUCUUUCACGGCAAAACGGAGCGACGAAUUGACGGUUGAGGUUACUUUUUGUUUCUCACCCCCCCCCCCCCCCCUCUUUCUUCCCAAGGGGGUGGGGGGUAGUAUCUUAUACGUUAAUGUUUGGGAUACAUAUUUUAGGCACUUUGUCCUCAUCUAUGUAUAUUUAAUGACUUGAUUAUACGCCCAGAGCUCGUCAGUCAAAAAAUAUGUAAUGAUAGAAAUCUAUAAUUUUCAUUGUAAAUAGUUCAAAUUUAGAUUAGAUCACGUAUAGUAUAUGAAACAAUGAAAUAUAUGUAUUAAGAAAUGUAUUUGAGCUGCCUUUAGGCUUUGUAUACGUAUUUGUUGAAAGAAACAAACUAUCUAACCUUCAAAUCUUCAAGAAAAGAGCGUACACCCAUCUGAAAGGCCGGCAACGCACCUCCAACACCUCUGGUGUUUCGGGUGUCCAUGGGCGGCAGUGAUCGAUUACCAUCAGGAGACCUGUCUGCUCGUUUGCCUCCUAUCCCAUGAAAAAAAAAUCUAAAAGUUUGUAAAAUUAGUGUUAAAACCACUAUAUCUUUAAAAAUUCGUUUGCUAAACAUCGACAGUUAUCUAAAAGAAUAAUUAAAAUAAGAAUCAAUGUACAACUUUUAAUAAAAAGUGUGUAGAUGAUUUUAGUUACCGUAGUUCCCUUGUGACGAUGGGCUAAGAAUUUCACUAUCUCCUUUCCUGUGCCUAGUGCAGAAGUCGACUGUGGGAUAUAGGUUCAAUUGUGUGGCACCCUGUCAAGCCAAGAGUGGUGCUGAAUCUUGAUUACUUUCAUGUACUCUUAUUUAUGUAGUUAGAACCAGGUUGCACGAUUUUUUCUGACUAUACCUAAAGGCCGCUCAAAUAACAUUGAUUGCAAUUUGAUAUUGCAAUUAUAAAACUGAGCAAUACAUUGUAAGAACAAUAGACUUGUUCAAACAGUAAUUAUGUGAAAGACAAAGAAAUUAAGAAAAUAUUUAGUUGUUGGUAGAUUAGGUGAAAUAUAUUGCUUAUUGCCUUCAGCAAUGUAGGGUACAACCGGAUUGUUAUAUCUGACUUGGGCGGUAAUGCGUACUUUUCAGGCCUGCAACGAAUUUAUGUAUGCCAAAGAAUGCCUUAAUACAUUGAUUAUGAGUAAAAGAUAAUGUAAUGUUUUGGUCUGUGUGAUUUUCGUAAAUGAAUUUAUUGCUUACAGUUAUCCCUUAAAUGCAUAGUGAUGUAUAUAUGCAUUAUGCAUUUUUGUCUCUAUUGACAGCAUGUCAAAGUUUAAGUUUGAAUAAAUCUGUGUCAAAAUCA